AUGCCUCUUGUCAGCGAUAAAGUGAAUGCUAAGCAAUACGUCCAAAAUCGUGAAUCCGUCACCCAUCAGAGCCGCCCAGAACAGCGGUCAUUGACGCCGCAGCCAAAUUCCGGCCGGGAAAGAUCGCAGCAGCGACAUGAUGAAGCCCGUCGCAAAUUGCAGCAAGCCGGCCACAACAAGGAAAAUGUGGAGGUCAUCAGCCGCCGGGACGCUGCAAAGUUGAAGCUGGACGUGCCCAACACGCUGACAAUUUCGAAUUCAAAGCUCGCUCAGCUGGCUGGACAGGGUGCUGAAGCACAGGAGCCGGCGGUGGUGCAGCACAGCAUAUUUUCCCAUUCCGUCGAACACCGUCACAAUGCAUUUGACGACACCCAAAGCAUCCAUUUUGACGACUCGCUGAGCGUAGCCGAAGAAAAGACCGGACGCACGAAGCCUUCCUUCAGCUUCCACCAUAAUGGGAGCAUGCCCCCUAUCUGGAACAACGCCGACGCUCCCUUCCACCCUCCCGUGCAUAAUUUUGACGGUUCAAAAUUACUUUUUGGUGAACGUGCAAAGAACUUGGGGCUCCCGGACGAUUGGCAAGCCCAGGCGGAUGCUGAGAGACUCAGACGAGGCUUUGAACCAGUGCACGGUAAACGGUCCAGUCACACCAGCAUUGACCCGGCAAACUAUGGGGAAGACGAUCAUACUCAAGGGUCUGAUCCGGAUGGCGACAUCGAAGGAACAUCUAUCGUGGAGAACACGCCCUCGCGUACUCGAAUGGCGUCUGAAGUCAAGACCACAUCAAAGCGUGGCAAGGAGAAAGCGAAAAGGAGCCAUAGGCACGAAGAUUCAACGAGGCGCUCUUCGCCAAAGCACAGAAAGUCAUUCAGCGAAAUUGCCCCCCCUGUCGUGGUCGAGCCAUCCGGUCGGCAACAGAUCAAUCGCUUCAAUGUCUACAAAUCGCUCGAGAAAGAACCUGAGAUGGUUCUGCCGGACAAUCUUCGUCCAACCAUUCAGCUGCCUCAACCACAUGCGUCACUUGUGCACCCCCCAGCCUUCUCGUCCAAGAUGUCCUCGCUUCAUGAGUCGUCAUCCGACGAAGAGCAAUUUCCAGCAGCAACCAGACCGGACUCUCCACGACUUGCGUCCAAGCGUCACCGCGCAGAGCUGGACCUAGAUUUUGACCCGGAAGUCCUCCAAACCAAGUCCAUGGCGGACCUGGACGCCAUCCCAUUCACACAAGACCCACGAUGGACGGCGCCGGAACCGGCCCUCGACGCCAACGGCACCCCGCUGACUUUAUCCACCAAACUCACGAAUCUGACCAAAAUGCGUCCUGAGGACCAACGCAACCUGUUCAAAUCCCUCACCGACGCCGAUCGCGAGCAGACGGCGGAGUGGUUCGUGGAGAAGUUCAAGGCGGAUGUGCAGAGGCUGAUGACCGUGCGGCUGGAGCGGCGGAAAAUCGCCCUCAAGUUCGAGCUCGAGGUCAAGAAGAGGGAGAAGCAGGUCGAGGUGAAGCGCGGGGAUGUGGACAAGGAAUUGGCCGGCCUCAAGAAAGGCGGCGGAGAAUUGAUCAGGGGCAAAUCGCCCGCAAAGUGA